AUGGAGGACACCGACCCGAGCAACCUCCGUCUCCAAGCCGCCAAGCUCCUCGUCGGAAAGCUGAUUCCAUCCUCCGGCACAACCACCGGUCAAACCGCCGACCAAGUCACCAUCGUCCAGUUCAACGAGACAGCCGAGGUCCUCUACCCCCUCGGUGACCCCAGCGGUGCAGGAGCCACAAUCGACGGCAUCCCCGCCAACGGCGGGACCUUCAUCGGCGGCGGCAUCUCCGCCGCCGUCGACGAACUUACAAGAAGCGGCAACAAGCCCGACGCCGCCGGCAUCUUCGUCCUCACCGACGGAGCCGACGACCCCCCCUCCCUCAUCUCAGACACAAUCGACUCCAUCAACCGCGCCCAACAAGCCGGCAUCCGCGUGUCCUUCGGCUUCCUCUCCGUCGACGCGGAGGAGCAAGACUCCCGCAUCACCUCCGCCAUCCUCAGCUCGGGCGGCACCUUCACAACAGUAAACACAGCAGAAGACACCUCCAAGCUUGUCGCCCAAGCCCUCCUCAACGGGCUAGUCGGACCCCCGCAGACAGGCAGCGUUCCCCUGUUACCUGGUCUCAAAACAGCGGGGAUGCUCUCCCAGACAAGCCUCACCACCUUUUCCUACGCUGCCCAGAGCGGCGAGGCGUUCAAUGUCACUGUCACAGCCAUCGACAAUAUCCCCCUCAAGGCCACGUUGAAGCAAGCGGGUCAGACGAGUGAGAUCAAAUCUGCUGUCACAGACACCUCAACUGGGAUCGCGCUGCUGGAGUACACCACGUUCUCGACUGGGAAUUACACCAUUGAAGUCUCGUCGGCUGGUGGGUCAAAGUCGGGGCUCUUUGCGGUGCAGAUUGGGAGCUCGCUUGACCCGUGCAAGCCGUCAAACUCGACGGUGCCGCUUCCUUCUGGCACCGGGGCGAUUCCUUCCCCCACUGCUUCGACUGUUUUCACUGCUGGGGCUGUGCCCAUGGGUGGUAAUGCGGCUUUGCAGAUGGGGGUUGGGUUGUCUUUGAUGGCGGCUUUUCUUGAGAUGUUUUUGAGUGGAUAA